ACGUCACAACAAACGCCCCCGCACAGCCUAUCAGCGCCGCGGUCCCGCGGUCCCGGGGACCAAUAGCGGACCUGCACCAGAGAGAGGCUGAUCGACUGUCCGCCAUUUCAGGAUUCCGGACUGAAAGAAGUCGGUGAAAAAAAAAAACAAGAAAAGAAAACACCGAUAAGGUGGAGAAUAAACAGAGCCUGUGUGGAACAGCGACAGACGGAGGAGGGAUCGCACAGCCCUGCUGCUUCCUCUCAACUCCUGGGACAACCAGGCCUCCUCUCUCGGCUGAGCGCCCCCCUCCCCUCCCCUCCCCCCCCUCCCCUCCCCGCUGUGUGUCUGAUGCCCUUUAAAGAUGAGCCCUGCUCUGGAAGCCAUGGAAGGGGAGCAGCAACGCUACGGCAACAACAAGGGGGUCGUGCUUGAGCCCUUCGUGCACCAGGUGGGGGGCCACUCCUGCGUGCUGCGCUUCAGCGAGCAGACCAUCUGCAAGCCCCUCAUCCCCCGAGAGCACCAGUUCUACAAGAGCCUGCCCGUGGAGAUGCGCCGAUACAUCCCCCAGUACAAAGGAGUGGUGUCGGUCAGUUUCGAGGAGGACGAGGAAGGCAAUCUGUGCCUCAUCGCGUACCCACUGAACGGAGGAGACCACGGGGAGCUGGAGAAGAACGUGGACCUCUCGGACUGCGAGCCCAAGAACAAGCUGCUGAAGUGGAGCAACAAGAAGCCCGGUCUGUUACUGGAGAACGACAACUACAGCAAGGAGAGGGUCCGGCAGCACCGCAAGGAGGAGAAACUCAAGAGUAGCUAUAACCUGGACGAGGAGUUUGAGCGCCUGAAGAAGUCUGAGGUGCUGUACUGCAGCCUGGAGAAGGGCAACGUGGUGUCCCAGAUCAAGCACAACCCGUGGAGCAUGAAGUGCCACCAGCAGCAGCUGCAGAGAAUGAAGGAGAACGCCAAGCAUCGGAACCAGUACAAAUUCAUCCUGCUGGAGAACCUGACGUGGCGCUACGAGGUGCCCUGCGUCCUCGACCUGAAGAUGGGAACACGGCAGCACGGGGACGACGCCUCCGAGGAGAAGAAAGCCAACCAGAUCCGCAAAUGCCAGCAGAGCACCUCGGCCAUCAUCGGAGUGAGAGUCUGUGGCAUGCAGGUGUACCAGUCAGACUCGGGGCAGCUGAUGUUCAUGAACAAGUACCACGGGCGCAAGCUGACGGUGCCGGGCUUCAAGGAGGCGCUGUUCCAGUUCUUCCACAACGGGCGCUUCCUGCUGCGGGAGCUCUUGGAGCCGGUCCUGCGCAAGCUCUCGGAGCUCAAGGCCGUGCUGGAGGCCCAGGAGUCGUACCGCUUCUACUCCAGCUCUCUGCUCAUCAUCUACGACGGCAAGAAGGUGCAGCAGCAGCCCCGGCACCGCGGCGGAGAGGAGGGCGAGGAGGAGGAGGAGGAAGAGGAGGAGGAGGAGGAGGAGGAGGAGGGUGGGGAGGGAGCCUUCGCCUUCACCCAGCAAAGGAAAGUCCGGGGCAAGCAGGGCGGAAGCGCGGUGGGGGGCUGCAGCGGGGGUCCGGGGGGCAGCGGUGGCUCCUGCAGCGUGGACGUGCGCAUGAUCGACUUUGCGCACACCACAUGCCGCUACUACGGAGAGGACAGCGUGGUCCACGAGGGCCAGGACACGGGGUACAUCUUCGGGCUCCAGAAUCUGAUAGAGAUUAUUAAAGAGCUGCAGGACGACAGCGGGGACUAAAAUCUGGGCUAAGACUCUUUACUAGGACAGUGUUGUACGACAUCAAUAACGAUAAUGAUGGUGGUAGUGGUGAUACAACACAUUCUAACACAACGACCUGCAUAAGAAAAUGUAAUAUUAGAAAAGAACCAAUGGAAGGA